AUGACACAAAUGAGCCAUAGGUUUGAGGAUGGGAGGCUUAGAUAUAUCACAUUAGGUUGUGCUCGUGGCAGGAAGGCACGGAAUCGAAUCACAAAUGUUGCUCGACCACGUUCGACAUUAAAGACAGGCUGUAAUGCAAGGAUAAAUGCUAUAUUUUUUGAAGGGAUGUUGAAGUUGUUGACUGUUCACAAUACCCACAAUCAUGGACUAAAUCCACAAAAGGCGAGGUUCUUUCGGUGCAAUAGAGAAGUGAGUUUGUCUAUUAAGAGAAUGCUAGAUACAAAUGAUCAGGCUUGUAUCAGAAUGAACAACAGCUUCGCCGCUCUUGUGCAAGAAGUAGGUGGGUUUGAGAACUUGCCAUUCAAUGAAAAAGACUGUCGUAACUACAUUGACAAGGCACGCCACCUUCGACUUGGGAAAGGUGGCAUUGGAGCCCUCCAUGAGUAUUUUGCUAGGAUGCAAUAUAAGAAUAAUGGAUUCUUUUCACUAAUGGAUAUAGAUGAUGAUGGGAGGUUGAAAAAUGUCUUUUGGGCAGAUUCACGAAAUAGGGCAUCAUAUAAAUAUUUUGGUGAUAUUGUCACGUUCGACACUACAUAUCUGACAAAUAGGUAUGGGAUGCCGUUUGCACCGUUUGUUGGUGUAAACCACCAUGGACAGUCAAUCCUUUUGGGGGCAGGAUUGAUUUCUAAUGAGGAUACAGAAACGUUCACAUGGUUGUUUCAAAGUUGGUUGAACUGUAUGGAUGGUGAAGCUCCAAAGGCUAUUAUCACAUAUCAAGAUAGAGCCAUGAAAAAUGCGAUUGCGCUUGUCUUUCUGAAUACCCGACACCGAUUUUACUUAUGGCACAUACUGAAGAAAUUACCUGAAAAACUUGGUUCACAUGGUGCGUACAAAGAUGGGUUAAAAAGUCAGUUGCUUAAGUGUGUGUAUGACUCUCAAACAAUAAAUGAGUUUGGGAGUUGUUGGAAAGUGAUGAUUACAACAUACAACUUGCAGGAGAAUGCUUGGUUGCAGAGUUUAUACGCUGAGCGUACCUAUUGGGCACCGAUACUCCUGAAAGAAAUUUUCUGGGCUGGAAUGAGCACAACCCAACGAAGCGAGAGCAUGAAUGAUUUCUUUGAUGGGUACGUUCAUGCUAGGAAAAACUUAAAAGAGUUUGUUGAUCAAUUCAAUAAUGCGUUGAGAAAGAAGAUUGUGAAUGAAAAUUCAACGAACUUUCACUCAUUCAACGUCACAAUUCAUACCGUCUCUAUUUAUCCACUUGAGAAGAUAUUUCAAGCCACAUAUACUAACUCUAAAUUUAGAGAAGUUCAAAAAGAGGUAGUGGGAAUGCUUGGUGUUCUUCCAACUCUACACCGAAAAGAUGGUGAAAUUGCAACGUACCAUGUAGAAGAUGAAAUAGAAGUUGAUGAUUUCAUCAAGGAGGUGACCCAAACAGUGUACUUUAAUGAGGCCGAAGUUGAUGUGAAGUGUUCAUGCUCACUGUUCGAAAUGAGAGGGAUAUUGUGUAAACAUGCAUUAGCCAUUAUGAGAGUUAACAAAGUGAAAAAGGUGCUAGAAAAGUAUAUAUUAGAUCGAUGGAGAAAGGACAUUAAAAGGACAUACACUCUCAUACACAGUACUUAUGACUCAGUUGAUGCAAGGCCAAAAGUGAGCAGAUAUUCGCGUAUAUUGAAGGUAUGCUAUUUUCUUAUUUUCAGUUAA